GUCGACUCGUGUGGCUUCUGGAUAUGGACACCACCGCAGAACGCCUCACCUUAGCCGAUGCGUACUUCUCAUCCACUAAUGAAUACUACUUUGAGCGACCGCCUUCAUUGUUUCAUAUCGUCUAUCAGUUUUAUCUGACUGGACAAAUACACCAGCCCUCUCAUCUGUGCCCCAUCGACAUUCUCGAUGAAUUAGAAUACUGGGGCAUCGUACCCGACAACUACCUCGCUCCUUGUUGCUGUGCAGAUAAUGACGAUCUGGACUCUAUUUCUUCGUUUUCUUCUGAAGAAACGCCGACUAAUCACUUCAAGCAAUUGCCUUUGGGAGAACUUCGAAGGAAAAUUUGGAACAUUAUUGAAGAGCCGACGAGUUCCGGCUAUGCUCAAAUUUUUGCCACAUUUUCUAUUUUAUUCGUGCUUAUAUCAAUCUCAGGACUGGUGCUGGGAUCCCUUCCAGAUUUGCAAGUUGCUGUUCAGAAAAAUACGACUGAAGGAGUUGUUACCGACAUGGAGCCACAUCCCGUACUAGGCUAUAUAGAAUACGCUUGCAUAGUGUGGUUCCUGCUGGAGUACGUGACGAAAAUGUUAGUGACGUCAGAUCGACGGAAAACAUUUUUCCAAAUGUUGAAUAUCAUAGAUCUGAUGGCCAUACUCCCUUUUGUUAUAGAAAUGUUGUUGUUUAUGGUUGGUAUAAGCACAGAUCAACUUAGAGAUCUCAAGGGAGCAUUCUUGGUCAUAAGAAUACUUCGAGUACUGCGGGUAAUUAGAGUGUUGAAACUUGGUCGCUAUAGUAGUGGCUUGCAAAUGUUUGGAAAAACGCUCAAGGCAUCAUUUCGUCAGUUGGGAAUGAUGGCAAUGGUCGUGUUGACGGGUGUAAUCUUCUUCUCCACGCUGGUAUAUUUUCUAGAAAAAGACGAACCAAACUCACAGUUCUACUCUAUUCCCGCUGCUUGCUGGUGGUGCAUCGUAACAAUGACAACUGUUGGAUAUGGUGACCUUACGCCAAUCACUGUCCCUGGCAAACUCGUGGCAACUGGAGCAAUCGCUUGCGGAGUACUUGUUCUGGCUCUUCCCAUCACCAUCAUCGUAGACAACUUCAUGAAGGUAGCGGAAGGAGAACGUGGAAGUGAAAGCGGAGUCGCUCGAAGAUACGGACAGCGACAAAGCGAACAGUUCGUUUUUCAGAUAUUUGAGAAAUCUUUGGAUUAUUGAAU